CGCCCAUUCGGUGUGUUACCGCCACAGCCACGACCUGCUAGCUUGUUACUGUUGUUAGCACUGAGGAGCAGCCCACCGAGGAGCUCCAUGUUGCAGCUCACUUGUAGGAAAUAUAAAGCUGUAGCAACAAAAGUUAGUUUCAACAUGUGCUCCGUCGACGGCUGUGACUCGUGGCGUCGCGGUGCGCAACGGUUCAAGUUACCGGAGGAUCCAGAGAGGAGGCUGGAGUGGGUCCAGUUCAUUCUGGAAGUCAACGGUCAGCGGCUGAAAGAAUCGUCCUGGACUGAUAUCACCAUCUGCAGACACCAUUUCACUGAGGACUGUUUUAUAAACCAGACUCAAAGCGGGGCGGUCCAGCUGAAGCCCGGUGCUCUCCCAUCACUGUGUGUCAAGUCGGAACCAGCAGAACCUGAAGUGAAACAGGAGCUUGAAGAACCCCCAGAAGUUGAUUCUCAAUGCAAUCAACAAGAAAAAUGUGAUAGUCCACCACCUCCCUGUUCUGAAGAAUCACAAUCAGAGCAUACUUCAGAAGCUGCCCAACAAAGCCCUGCACCAAGUGAUGCUCCAGAUCCUGAUUACGGUCAGAUGAUACAAAAAGUUGCAAACAUUGAUAUGAUCAGGAAAAAAGCUGCACUUCUGCAGAUGAAAAGGAAGUUCGUUGUGAACGAAAAACGUCUCCUCCAGUUGUUCAGCCACAAGUGUCUGUUGUGUGGCUCUAAAGUAAAGACGGAGAAGGUCACCUUUGAUGUGGUCAUCAUCUUGAACCAACAGUGCCUUAAGUGUGAGUACAGAAACCAAUGGAAAAGCCAAGUCAAUGCUAAAGUCCCAACAGCUGAAGAGAAGCACCUGGUGGAAGUCGUAGAAGUAGACUUAACUCCAGAGACUCAACAGAAAGCGUCAACCGAUGACAACCGCAGCACUAUCACAGGCGUAUCCAAGACUGUCGCUGUUAUUGAUGAGAGGGACGAUUCCAUGGAUGACACAGAGGAAUCGAGUUAUGAAGAUGCCAUGGAUUCAGACGAGGAUUGGUAUCCAGAUGACUGGCGUCCAGAGGUGAACAUGCUUUCUGAGGAGGAAAACGAAGAUGAAAAGGGAGAUUCUGAUGAUCAUCUUGUUCUUCCCACCAGAUCCAGUGGGCUCUGCGCAGAGUGUGGCAGGUUUUUCUGUAAAAGUAAGCCUCACACAUGUGAGCACAAAAUUAAACCCUAUGCUUGCAAUAUUUGUGGAAAAAGAUGCGUUACUCAGGUCGCGUUAAAUUUUCACAGCAGAAUCCACGACGAAAACUAUGAACAUCCUUGCAGAUACUGCCACGCUACAUUCAAGACAAAAUUGGAUAAAAUCACCCAUGAACAGAUCCACUCAACUCAAGAAAAACCGUAUAAAUGUCCUGACUGUUCAGAGACAUUCGCCACACAUACGGACCGCAGAAUCCACCUGGUGAAUCACAGACUGUUGAAAUGUCAGGAGGAUUGGAAUCCAGAGGACUGGCAUUCAGAGGCGAACAUGCUUUUUGAGAAGGAAAGCGAAGAUGAAAACGGAGAUUCUGAUGAUCAUCUUGUUCUUCCCACCAGAUCCAGUGGGCUCUGCGCAGAGUGUGGCAGGUUUUUUCGUAAAAGUAAGCCUCACACGUGUGAGCACAAAAUUAAACCCUAUGCUUGCAAUAUUUGUGGAAAAAGAUGUGUUAGUCAGGUCGCGUUAAAUGUUCACAGCAGAGUCCACGACGAAAACUAUGAACAUCCUUGCAAAUACUGUCAUACUACAUUCAGGACAAAAGGGGAUAAAAUCACCCACGAGCAGAUCCACUCAACUCAAGAAAAACCGUAUAAAUGUCCCGAAUGUUCAAAGACAUUCGCCACACAUAAAGUACGCAGAAUUCACCUGGCGAAUCACAGACUGUUGAAAUGUCACAUCUGUGGAAUGGAAUUUACAAGUCGCAUUUCUCUCAGAAGGCACAUGCCCGUACACACGGGAUUGAAACAAUUCCAGUGUUCAGUGUGCCAACGUGGCUUCAAGCAGUCGACCCAUCUGAAAUCCCACAUGCGUCUGCACACAGGAGAGAAGCCUUUUAAGUGUCAGCAUUGUGACAAAUGCUUCACUCACAACGUGAGCUUGAAGAGUCACGUCCAGCGUUACCAUACAUCCAAUUCUGGACCUGAGCGGAAGAAGGGUAAAAUAAACAAAACUGUAAGCGACGCUGUUGGUGGUCAGAAGAAUGGGAACAAGAGAGUAGCAGAUUCAGGGCUCGACAACGUUGAAGAACAGGACACAGAGGAGAACGUGCAGAAGAACAGUAAGGCUGUGAUAAAAGCUAAAAAUUACAGGAGCACGGGUAGACCCAUAGGAAGACCUAAGAGGAAUACAGCAGGCCACUUGGUUCUGGCAGGGGAAAUGCAAGGCCAGCGUUUAAACACUAAGACUGCCAAAGCUAAGGCACGGAAGUUAAAGAGAUCACAUUGCAGUGAUGAAGAAAGCGAGGACGAGCUGACCCAAAGCGACAUGUCCUUUGACUCAACAGAGGAGAAAGAGGAGAAUAGUGACAAAGUGACUUCAAGCACAAGUAGAUCAAAAAGAAAGGCCAAUAAUGCAGACAGUGACUCUGAUUUUGAUCCAGUAGAAAGACAGAAAAAGAGGUACAGCAGCCAGAGCGGUGGUCACAACUCAGGGAAGCGCAGGGGACGACCAAGAAAGAAUCAAGUCGUUGAAGACACUUAAAAAGACAUUGGAAAAGUUUUUGAGCCCAGAACAGAAAUAGGAAGAGAGAUACAGUUUAGGGUGUCAGACAGAACUGGAAAACUUUUCAUGAUGCAUUUAAACAAUCUAACUUGAGAAACAUGCACACUCAGACUGGGAACUUUUCAAACUUCAUUAAGACAUCGUGUCACUUUGAUCUCAAGAUAUGUUUGAAUCCUGUUCACUGAUGUGUAUACCAUGGAAUUAAACUAGGUAAAAUUAGAUUAAACCAUGUUGAGGUUAAGUGCCUGUUUUCUUUUGUUAAUGUUCAAUAAUUCUAUUUGUACUGUAUAUGAGGCUAAUAAAGUGUUUUUAUUGGAAAGAU